UCUUGCCGUGUGAAAGUCUGUAUUUUAGUUUUUCCUUUCACAUUGGAAUCCUAUAUUUUCGGACAUACCAAAGCCGCUUUCACUUUCUCAUCAAGAAGACAUUGCCCAUUUUCUUGUUCUCUCAGAAGAUUUCGCUACAUUUGUUCCAGCACUACAUAAUCAUGAUUGGCGAUACCCAAAGAUUACCAGUAAAGAUGUUAAUUAAUCGCGUGUACAGUGGUUUAAAUAUUCAAAUCAAAUCUCUAACGUAUUAAACCCGUCAUAUCCUGUCAAAUCCAUCGCCAUGCCAUUUUAUUCUCCAUUUUGACAGUUUGCGUACGCCUGUGUACAUAUAAAUGCCUCUGUUCCAUUCCUCACCACAUACAGAUGAUCACGAGUGGGUCGGGGAGCUUAUGAUUAAUGGCUGCUAUAUGUAUGCAGAGAAAUAUUUUUUUCAUUUGCCUUAUUGGUUGGGUGGUGUCACAAGCAACACCAUUGCCUCUCCGGUUUAAAAGCAAUGGGGAGUUCAAAAUUUUACAGGUAGCAGACAUGCAUUAUGCAAAUGGCAAAAGCACCAAGUGUUUAAAUGUGUUGCCCUCUCAGUACCCCUCCUGUUCUGACCUCAACACCACUGCCUUUGUCAAUCGAAUGAUUCAAGCAGAGAAGCCAGAUCUUAUAGUCUUUACAGGGGAUAAUAUCUAUGGGCGGGAUACAUCAAAUGCUUCGGCUUCUAUCAAGGCAGCUUUUGAAGCAGCAGUAGCAGCCAAACUUCCAUGGGCAGCUGUUUUGGGCAAUCAUGACCAGGAAUCAGCUACUUUAAAUCGGGAAGGAGUGAUGGAGCAUAUUGUAUCCAUGGAUUAUACUCUCUCCAAGCUCAACCCUGAUGCCCAUAAAAAAAUUGAUGGUUUUGGAAAUUAUAAUUUGGAAGUAAUGGGAGCGGCAGCUUCAUCUCUGGAGGGCAAAAGCGUUCUCAACCUUUAUUUUCUGGACAGUGGAGACUACUCAACCGAUCCCAGUAUAGCUGGCUAUGGUUGGAUCAAACCCUCUCAACAGUCCUGGUUCAAAGAAACCUCAGCCAAAUUACAGGAAAACUAUACAAGUAUCCCACCGACACAAUCUGAACCUGCUCCAGGGCUGGCAUAUUUUCACAUACCUCUUCCAGAAGUAAACGAACUGGACAGUUCUAACAUCACAGGCAUAAAACAAGAGGGUGUAGGCUGUGCUUCAUAUAAUUCUGGAUUUAUGAAAACAAUGGUGGAAGCAGGGGAUGUUAAGGCUGCAUUUACAGGUCAUGAUCAUUUGAAUGAUUUCUGUGGGAAGAUAAAGGGAAUUGAACUGUGUUAUUCUGGUGGAUUUGGAUACCAUGCUUAUGGGAAAGCAGGAUGGGCAAGGAGAAGCAGAGUCGUUGUUGCAUCUCUAGAGAAAGACAGCAAUGGAGGCUGGGAAGGUGUUAAAUCUAUAACUACUUGGAAGCGAUUAGAUAAUGAACAUCUCUCAAAAAUUGAUAUUCAGACCUUGUGGACUAAGCCUUGAAAAGCUUGGAUGAAGAGUCUCCAUAACAUACAAAGAUUAAGAAUUGAUGGAGCCAUCUAAAAUGUAUGUUGGAGAUUUAGGUUAAAGAUGUGUAUUUUACUCCUUUUAAAGUGUAUGUUUGUGGUCAUUCCUUAAUCUUUUGAAGCGUGCUUAACCUGAAUGUUAUCUUUGAACGAAAAAUUAUAGAAAUAUGCAAUAACUUUCAACCA